AUGCCUCAAAAGCUAAACUCAAGAAGUCUGAUUUUGGUUAUAAAUGAAGCAGAAGGAUUUACACAUUGUUUUAGUGCAUCGGUUAGCAUAAUAAAUCCGUCAGGGUCAUCUGUUCGCGGCUAUCAAUUGAUGGCAGAUAUUGCUUUUGACCACAUUACGGAAGAGGUCAGAGGUACGGUAUAUCCGGGUAAGCUUAGGCUCAGGGAGGAUGAGUUUAUGUAUAAAAAUGAAAAGACUGGGAAAGUGGAUCAUUUUUCGCGAUCAGACAUAGAAUCAGCUCAGUGGAUCGCCCGUGCAACUGGAUUAGGUCUGCGCAUUAAAUUGAAAAACAGCUCUUUGCAUCGAUAUGAUGGUUUCGGUGAAACAGAAGCUGAAAAGGUUGGAGGAUUUUUCAAGAAGUACUUUAACGUUGAGAUUGCAAAGCGCGAAUUGUGCUACAAAGGUUACAACUGGGGUGAGGUCGAGUUCGAUGGUGAUGUUCUUGAGUUUUCAGUGAAAAAUGCAAUGGCUUUUGAGGUACCACUGAGCAAUGUUGCAAAUGCCACUAUGAAUAAAAAUGAAAUCAUUUUUGAAUUUCACCCUAAUGAUGAAGCUGAAAUUUGCCUAUCGGAAAUGCGCCUAUAUACACCGGGAACUGAAGCUGACAGAGAGGGGAAGGCACCAAUUAUUUACUCAAAAGUUACUCAAAAGGCAGAUAUCAUUCAGGUUACGGGCGACUUUUUGAUUGAAUUCAAGCAGUUACAAUGUCUUCAACCUCGUGGUCGUUAUGAUAUUAAGUUGUAUCCCAGUUUUAUCCAUUUGCAUGGGAAGUCAUUCGAUUUUAAAGUUCCAAAAAACACUAUUACCCGUUUAAUGAUGCUCCCUCAUCCUGACAAUCGACAGAUUUUCUUCGCCGUUCAACUUGAUCCACCAAUCAAACAUGGUCAAACAAGAUACCACUUUAUUAUUUUGCUAUUUGACAAAGAUUCUCAUGUUGAUUUGGAAAUGACUGCGACAGAAGAUUGGCUUCAACAACAGUUUAGUGGAAAACUAACUCGAAAUAUUUCUGGACCUGAAUAUGAAGUAGUCGCCCGUGUGUUUAAGGUACUUUUUGAUCAGAAAGUUACAGUUCCAGGCAGCUUUUCUGCGAAAGGUGGUGGCUGCGCAGUUGCAUGCAGUUACAAGGCAUAUGUCGGCUUGCUGUACCCUUUAGAGAGAGGCUUUACGUUCGUCCCUCGUCCUCCAAUCUCUAUACGUUUUGAUGAGACAGUAUCUGUACAGUUCUCCCGUGGGACAGGUGCUCAGAGAUCUUUUGAUUUUGAGGUGGAAACUCGGAAUGGUUUAACUCACACUUUUACUUCCAUCGAAAGGGAUGAAUAUCAUCAUUUGUAUGAUUUUGUGACUGCUAAGAAACUUCGUGUCAAAAAUAUCAAUUCUGAAAACAAGAGCAACACUAAUCCCGGUGACGACGUCUGGUCAUCAUCGGAUGAAUCACAUGAUGCCUACAUGGAGAAAGUUAAAACAGAGGCUCGACAGCGAACCACUGAAAUGGAUGGUGAUGACGAUGAUGAUGAUGAAGAUGAUGAAGAUUUCAAGCCUCCAGAAUCUGAUGGUUCAGAACUAGCUGAAGAGUAUGAUAGUAAUGUCCAAACAACUACAAGUGAAGAAGAAUCUGGCGACGAUGAUGAUGAUGAUGGUGAAGAAGGCGGUGGUGGCAAAAGUACUGCACAUAAAAAAGAGAAGCAUGACAAUGAUAGUGAUAAAGAUGAUGGAGAUAGUUUGUCAAGUGUGAGUGAUGUUGAUUUGGCACCGAAACAAAAGAAGCCAAAAGAUGAACCACAAAAAUCAAGUAAGACUAUGCAUAAAGAUGAAUCUAAACCAUCAAAGCGUCAAACAAAGAAACCGAAAAAAGCCAAAGAUCCAAAUGCACCUACUCGUCCAGCUACUGCCUAUUUCUUAUGGUUUAAUGAGAAAAGGGAGGAAAUCGCAAAGAGUUUAAGCGGACCGAAUUCAGUCGCUGAAGUAGCAAAAGCUGCCGGUGAAAUUUGGCGAAAUAUGGAUAGUGAGACUAAGGCAACCUAUCAUUCUAGAGCAGAUGACCUGAAAAAGAAGUAUCAAGAAGAUUUACGUGUCUAUCAGUCAGGUUUAUCGUCUAAAGAACGAGAGCUAUCCCCAGACUCUAGUUAACAAACUGCAUAGAUAUUUAUAACCUUUGAAAUUUUGUAUAGAAAAGAAAGAAAGAAAGAAAAUUGAUCCUCAUAUUAUAGUACAGUUUGUGUUGUUUCUUAUCUUCA